GUUAUACACAACACUGAUACUCUGUCGCUUGGCCUUUAUAAUGGAAGCUUGACGAUUGCAUGAGAGAAGCAUUUUCUUCAUUCAGUUGCAGAGAAUCAAUCACUUAUCUCAUCUUCUUCUUCUUCAAUGGCUUCGGUUCUACGAUUCUUCCUCUAUAUCGUCUCCCUAGUUGCUCUAGUAAUUUUCGCCGCCACGGAAACUACUUCAGAUCAGAUUCCCAAGUCUUAUGUUGUUUAUUUGGGAAAAUCGGCAUGGAACAGAGACGGAGCAGAUUCAGAUCAUGCGCAGCUCUUGUCUUCCAUUAUUCCAAGAAAAGAGAGUGACAGAAUUGCUCUGAUCCACCAUUACAAUCAUGCUUUCAGUGGCUUCUCUGCCAUGCUCAAACAGAGUGAAGCUUCUGCAUUGUCUGGUCUAGAAGGCGUGGUAUCGGUGUUCCCAGAUCCAGUUCUUCACCUCCACACCACCCGAUCUUGGGAUUUCUUGGAGUCAGUGUCCCCCGUCCAUCAACGUGUCGAUCCCACAUGCCAACACGUGUCCUGUGAUGACGUUAUCGUUGGAGUCAUAGACACAGGGAUUUGGCCUGAGUCUCCAAGUUUCAACGAUGAAGAUAUCGGGAAGAUUCCCUCGAGAUGGAAAGGAACUUGCAUGGAGGGUCAUGAUUUCAUGAAAUCCAGCUGCAACAGGAAACUGAUAGGAGCAAGAUAUUAUGAUCUAGAAAUUACACUGGAUGGUAACAAGACUCACCACCUAAAAGGCAGAGGGUCCCCUAGAGACUCUGUUGGUCAUGGCACUCACACUGCAUCAACAGCAGCAGGCAGCAGCGUUGAAAAUGCUAAUUAUUAUGGCUUAGCAAAGGGAACUGCAAGAGGGGGCUCGCCUUCUACCAGGAUUGCUGCCUACAAGGCAUGCUCAGAAGAUGGCUGCCUUGGCUCCACCAUUCUGAAGGCUAUUGAUGAUGCUAUAAAAGAUGGAGUGGACAUAAUCUCCAUCUCCAUUGGGCUCAGCUCACUCUUUCAAUCAGACUUUUUGAAUGAUCCCAUAGCCAUUGGAGCAUUUCAUGCUGAAGAAAUGGGGGUCAUGGUGGUGUGCUCUGCAGGGAAUGAUGGCCCUGAUUCUUACUCUGUUGUCAAUACAGCUCCAUGGGUAUUCACUGUUGCGGCUUCUAAUAUUGACAGGACCUUCCAGUCAGCUAUUGUCCUUGGGAAUGGGAAAACUUUCCAAGGUUCCGGCGUCCACUUUUCAAACCUAACUCGUUCAGAGAUGUAUCCUCUUGUCUUCGGAAAGGACAUUGCUGCCAAAUUUACCCCUGUAUCAGAAGCAAGGAAUUGUUUUCCUCGAUCAGUAGAUUACACAAAAGUUGCUGGCAGCAUUGUUGUUUGUGUUGCUGAUGAUCCAACUGUUUCAAGGCGAAUCAAGAAGCUAGUUUUACAAGAUGCAAAGGCCAUGGGGUUGAUACUUAUUGAUGAGGACAAGAAAGAUGUUCCUUAUGACGCAGGUGUCUUCCCCUUUACAGAAGUUGGUAAUCUUGAAGGGUAUCAGAUCCUUGAGUACAUAAACUCUACCAAGAAUCCAACUGCAACAAUCCUUCCAACAACAGAAGCUCCAAGAUAUAGACCUUCACCAGUUGUUGCAUCUUUCUCAUCUAGAGGUCCUUCAAGCCUAACAGAAAACAUUCUGAAGCCUGAUAUUAUGGCUCCAGGAAUUGGAAUUCUAGCUGCAGUGGUUCCCCAAAAUUCUGAACCAGGAAGUGUUCCAGUUGGGAAGAAACCGUCCCUAUAUAGCAUAAAAUCUGGUACAUCUAUGGCUUGCCCCCACGUGACAGGUGCUGCAGCACUGAUAAAAUCAGUUCAUCAUAGUUGGAGUCCUUCAAUGAUAAAAUCAGCUCUAAUGACAACAGCAACAAUUUACAACAACAUGAGGAAGCCUUUAACCAAUAGCUCAAGCUACAUUGCCAAUCCACAUGAAAUGGGAGUUGGAGAAGUUAACCCACUUAGGGCUCUCGACCCUGGUUUGGUCUUUGAAACAAAUUUGAGAGACUAUGUCCAAUUCCUUUGUUAUUAUGGUUAUUCACAGAAAAACAUAAGGUCUAUGUCAAAGACAAACUUCGGCUGUCCAGAAAAGUCCAGCGAAGGCCUUAUCUCCAAUAUCAAUUACCCAUCAAUCUCCAUAAGAACUCUGAGUAGGCAUCAGAAAGCACAAGUAAUAAGAAGAACAGUCACCAAUGUGGGUCCCCCUAACGCCACAUAUAUCGCAAAGGUGCAUGCACCUGAGGGAUUGGCUGUCAAGGUUGUCCCCAACAAACUUAUUUUUGCUGAAGGUGUAAAGAUGAUGUCCUAUAAAGUCUCAUUCAAUGGGAAGGCAGCUCGUGGUGGCUACCAUUUUGGCUCUAUAAGAUGGCUUGAUGGUCAACAUCAUGUCCACACAGUUUUUGCAGUCAAUGUUAAAUAAUUUGAUAUUAUAAAGGUUCAGCAGAUUAUAAGGCAUCAAAACCCACACAAACAAGCGCACACACUGAUAUAGAUAAACAGAAUACAAAGAAAAUCAUAUAUGACUGUGUUCAUUAUUUUCUACUUUAAUUUAUGAGUGGGAAUAGCCUUAUUUUAUUCA